AUGAUCUACCCACUGAAUAGACUAUUGCGAAACAACGUGCCUUUCCAAUGGUCGAAGUCGUGCGAAGAAGCCUUUAGAAAAGUGAAACAGGAGAUGCAAUCUGACAGCUUUCUGGUGCAUUACAAUCCCGAGUUACCACUGGUGUUAGCAACCGAUGCAUCACCCUACGGAGUUGGAGCUGUGCUAAGCCACGUUCUGCCGGACGGAUCAGAGCGGCCGAUACAAUAUGCGUCACAGACUUUAAAUGAGACUCAACGGAAAUACAAACAGGUUGAUCGAGAGGCGUACUCAAUUGUUUUCGGAAUUCGACGGUUCCACCAAUAUUUGUAUGGACGUAAGUUCGUUCUCUACACGGACAAUGAGCCUGUCAAGCAGAUUUUCUCCGAAACGAAAGGACUGCCUACUAUGUCGGCCUUGAGAAUGCAGCACUACGCCACGUUCCUGCAAUCUUUCGAUUAUACUAUCAAAUUUCGCCCUACUAAACAGCAUUACAAUGCGGAUGCAUUCUCGCGGUUGCCGCUAGAUACAAAGCAACCAGAUAACGUGGUAGAAGAAGCUGACAUGUUGGAAAUUAGCAUUAUCGAGACGAUGCCGCUUACAAUACAAGACUUGGCUAAAGGAACUUCGGUAGACGGUUCAGUCAAAAUUCUGUACCAGGGACUGAAAAAUGGAAAAACAGUUGAUGCCAAAGAUCGUUUUGGAAUCGAUCAGAACGAAUUCUCAUUGCAACAAGGUUGCAUCUUGCGAGGAAUACGGGUUUACAUUCCUGCUGGAUUACGGACAAAGGUGCUCAAUGAACUGCAUUCCACCCAUUUUGGGAGUACGCGUAUGAAGUCACUUGCCAGAGGUUAUGUCUGGUGGGAACGAAUCGACAGGGAUAUUGAAGAGUUGAUCAAUAACUGCGCUUCUUGUCAGGUUGUACGUCCAAAUCCUGUGAAAGCACCGUUACAUUGCUGGGAACCUGCUACACAGCCAUUCGAACGAGUACACGUUGACUUCGCUGGACCGUUCAUGGGUAAAUAUUUUAUUGUUUUUGUCGACGCAUACACUAAAUGGCCAGAGGUAAAGAUUUUAAGGGACAUAACGACUGCUACAACUAUCAAAGCCUGCAGAGAAUUUUUUUCAGUCUACGGAAUACCUUGCGUGUUAGUCAGCGAUCGCGGUGUUCAAUUCACUUCAGGUGAGUUCCAGAAAUUCCUAGAAUUGAACGGUGUUUUCCACAAAAUGGGCGCACCAUACCAUCCAGCAACAAAUGGCCAGGUGGAAAGGUUCAUCCAGACCUUCAAAUACAAAAUGAAAGCCCUUCAAUGUGACAAAUCAAGAAUGCACGUGGAACUUUGCAACAUUCUGUUGACUUACCGCAAGACAAUCCACCCUUCUACCGGCAAGUCCCCUUCUAUGAUGCUCUUCAAUCGCCAAAUUCGUUCUCGCCUUGAUUUGAUGCUGCCUGGUCCUACGUACUCGGAGAAGAUUGAUCCCAAAGUACGAACUAUUCCCGAGGGAGGAAGAGUUGCAGCUCGUGAUUUCUUAGAUAACGAAAAGUGGAAAUACGGACGUGUCCUCGAGAAGCUAGGAAAACUGCACUACACGGUGCAGUUGGAUGAUAACCGUAUAUGGAAACGGCACAUCGACCAACUACGUGAACAUUACUGUGCCGACUUCCCACGAACCGUCCACAACAACGAACUCAGGUCCACCAAGCUCGAGGGUCGAGCCAGCUGCGUCGCCUCCAUUGUCAGAGCUGAUAUCAACUGUUCCGGCUGCGGGUGA